CGUGUGGGAUGGAUAGAACCAGAUAAGGCGUUGUUGUCGUCCUCUCCUGAGGCCCAAACCCACAAAGCGCGAGACCAGAAUCCCCAUGACCUCAACUCCAUAAUUCUCUGCCAUUUUUCUCAUUUCUCCAAUUCAUGGGCUCCAAAGUUCUUCCUCAGGCUCUGAUAAUCACCCCAAGAAACCCUCGUGAAUUUCCCCCCAAGAAGCUGGUGUGUUCGACAUGCAUUUCUCGCCGUCCCUCCUCGUCCGGUUCCUCUAGGGUUUCAUGGAGCUCAAAUGGGUGGAAUUUGAGUCCCAUUAUCUCUGCGCCAGCCAAACGAAGCUUUGUUGUCAGAGCAGAAUCAAAUCCUGAGGCUGAAGAAGAAGCGGAUGCGGAAGCAGAGGUGGUUGAGAAUGUUGACGAGACGGAGGCUGAAGUUAAGUCUGAGGUAGCCAAGUUGCCAUGGAAGGCUCGGGUUAAGCUCGGAGAUGUAAUGGGGAUAUUGAAUAAGAGGGCAGUUGAGGCGUCCGAGAAGCAGAGGCCAGUUCCAGAUAUUAGAACUGGAGAUAUUGUGGAACUUAAAUUGGAGGUUCCUGAAAAUAGGCGUAGGUUGUCUGUCUACAAAGGUAUUGUUAUAUCAAGACAAAAUGCUGGUAUACACACAACAUUUCGAAUUCGGAGAAUUAUCGCUGGCGUAGGUGUUGAGAUUGUUUUCCCUCUUUAUUCACCGAAUAUCAAGGAGAUUAAAGUAAUAAAGCAUAGGAAGGUCAGGAGGGCAAGGUUGUACUAUCUUAGAGACAAGCUUCCCAGGCUCUCCACUUUUAAAUGAAGUAAUACCAUUGCACCUGCUCUUUGUUUGUUUUGGCCUUCACAGCAAUUUCUUCAAACUUUGACAUUUUGCAACUCUUGUAGAAACUAAAUGCCCAUGAAUUUUUCUGUUGUCACAUUAUAUCCAUUCUUGUCGUC